GGACCACGCAGGAAUGUAAGACCCAACCAACAUCUAGCUUGCAUUACGCUUCCUUUCUUAUUCCUCACCCCUCUUAUAAAAUCUUACAUUUCCAAUCUGUUUUUUAAUUCCAUUCAAUCUCUUCUUCCUUCUGUUUUUCUCUUCUUUCUCAUCUUUGUUGUCUAUUCCUUAUCCCCCCUUCACAAAUUUGGGUAACCAUCAAUCAUCACAAAGGCUUAAUCUCCAUGGCUUCGUAUGAAAACAACGGAAGGCCUUUACCCAAGUUUGGGGAAUGGGAUGUGAAUGAUCCUGCAUCAGCUGAAGGAUUCACUGUUAUAUUCAACAAGGCCAGAGAUGAGAAAAAAACUGGUGGAGGAGGAUCGGGCCGAGUUAAUUCACAGCGACUUAGAUCUAAUUCGCGCAAGGAUGACGAUAAAUCCUCCAAGAAAAAGUGGUUUUGCUUUAAACCGUAGACAAACAAGGAUGUGUGCUAUGCUGCACAGAACAUAUGAUUCCAUUCAGUUUUCUUGUGAGUUGUUCUGAGGCCACAUCUGUCGCCAAAACAUGGAUUGGAUACAAAAAAACAAAACAAAUAAUCGUUAUAGUUUCUAGUUGUUUUGUUUUGUUUUGUCUUUCUUUGCCACCUAAUACAUGUCAUGGAUCUAUCUAGCUACUUGUAUUAUCCUCCGGCCAAAAAAAUGUAAUAAUAUAUGUAAAUAGGUGUGAAUGAAAAUAACUACGUUCUGCAUUUACAGAAAGCAGAUAUUGUUGGUUUUUAAUACUUUCUACAUGUUUAUGUGAAGCACAUGUACUCUUCGAAUUAGACGUGUCGUAGUGUCACAUAUGUGUCGUAUCUGAUAUCAACACGAUAUGAUAAGAUACAUAUGAUUACAUUGAAUUAUGUUAUUUUCUCAAAUUAUUAUUGGUGUAGACAUGUCUAUGUCGUGUAUGAUGUCUGUGUAUAGUAUGUGAAAAAUCUUUGUAUUAUUUGUA